AUGCGUCAAUUUUUGAUCCUGUGUUCAGUCAUCUCUGCAACCUAUGCGGCCAGUCUGGGCUACAACUAUGAGAGCAACAACGGCCCUGCGCUGGGUGGCGGUCUAAGUAGUGGCCAAAUUGGUGGUCCAAGUUACGGUGGUUUAGCUGCCGCUGGUCCAAGUUACAGUGGCCCCUCUUCCUACGGUCCUAGUUAUAGUGGCCCUGCUUCAGCUGGGCCCAGCUCCAAUGCUCCAGCAGAGGUCAACAAAGAAUAUUUCACCUAUACCGCACCUGAACAUGAAUUUGAUGAUGCUGGCAAUAAUGAUCAGUUGGCUAACUCACUAAAGAAGAAUUUGCGUGUCAUCUUCAUCAAGGGACCUGAAAACACAGGACUCGAGAACGCUGCUUUGCAACUGGCUAAAUCGGUCGGUGAUGAUCGCACCGCCAUCUAUGUGCUCAACAAACAAGCAGACAUCGGCGAUUUGGCGAACAAAUUGCAAUCUCUCAACCACCAAAACGCCAACAAACCCGAGGUGCACUUCGUCAAGUAC